AUGAUCAAGGAAAUCUUGUCCAAAGUUGCAGGAAUAGUGAAAAGGGGCCAACAACCCAUCAUCCAGGACAAUCAUGAUGACGCUAAUGGUAAAGGCUCUUCUUCCUCCAUUGUUGUCGUGUUGAACCAUCAUCAUGAUCCUCCAAAAACAACAAAGGAAUUUCAACCCUAUCCUCUCAAUGUUCCAGCAAGUAGUCCUCUCACCGACAUGGAAUACAAAUGUCAAAUCUUGAGCCAAUUGAAAGAAGAUAUUCAAACACUCAACAAGAAUGAUCUAUCAUUGGAACAUCAUUUUGAAAUGUUUGAUCAUUUGAGAGAAUUACUUCAUCGGAUCUCGAAUCGAAUCUUUAUGAAACCUGCAAAGAAUGAAAUGUAUUUAUGUGGAGGAUUGAAAACAUUGUGUUUGUUGUUUAAUCAACUCGCCGUGUACAUGUUUAGAGGAACCAAGAAUGAACACAAUUCCAAAAUGUGGAAACUCUUUGAAGAGAUUUUGAGUGAGUGUUCGUUCAUCUUGUACAAGAUGGCUGAACAUGCAAAAGCAAGAAAGGUCAUGUUGUUGAGUGGUAUCUUGUAUUCGAUUUGGGGAGUCAUUCAGCAAUUGUGUGCCAUUUCUGCUGCAGAGAAUAAUGCAGAAAAUGCUUUAUUAUCGGAAAACAAAAAGUUUUACAAACUCAAAAUGAAUUACAAUGCUGCGGUAGAGAGUUCUAUUGUUCAUAUGGAUGAUGUGAUGGAACUCUUGUCGUCUGGUAUGUCACUUUCUGCCGACUUUGCAGAAUUGUUAAAAUCAGCAAAUAGAUCAUUAUUUGGAGACUCUAAUGAAACCGAAGUUUCACAGCGAGCAGAAGAGGUCGAUAACUUUGGAUUGCAAUGUUGUGACGUAUUUAUUGGAACUUUUGAUCUACCACUAGAGACAUGGACUCAGGAAACAUUUAAUGAAUUUGUACGAACGAACACAAACCCACAAUACUUUAUUCGUAUGAAUGAUUUUGAUAUUAAUUUACAUGGUAUCAUACUUCAAACACGAACAAAGGAUUUCCUUGAAAAGUUUUUUGUGAAAUGGAAUUUUGAGAAUUCACAUGGUGACAGCAAUGCUGAUCAAAAAAGUAAUCAAGUAUUUGGAUUUUACAUUUUGAAGAAAGAUCAAAACAUUUCAAGAUUUUCCUUGCUGAAAUUCAUUCAAGUUGUGUAUACAGAUUCCUUAGUAAUCUCAUCCAAAGACAUUGAUAUUUUACGAAAAGAAUUCGACGCAGCAACAAAAGAAGAACACAAGAAAGAAGAUGAUUCUACUAUUCGAAUAUUUUCAGUGGACAGCAUGUUGAAGGAACAAGGAUUAUUACUCUUACUCGAUUCACUAAAGAAUGAAUCUACGAAAGAAGCUAUUUUACAUUCUCUUAACAUGGGUUAUUCUAAUCAUCAUGCAGAGAGAAAUCAAGACGAGGAGAGUCUAUUUGAUGAAUUUGAUGAACAGUUAGUGAAACAGGAAUGGGAAAUUAUUAGCAAAACGCGUCGUGAUCGACAUGAAGAAGAAUUAUUAUUUUCGAGAAAGGAUGCAAUUAAAAGAAAUGCCAUUCAAACAGGUGGACUCGAGCAAGACAUGACUGAACUUUUUAUAUCCAUCACUGAAGAAGAUGAAUCAUCUGCGUCUGAUGUGGUCAUACAAACAGAGUGUAACGAAUUGGGAGCGAUCGAUUUGGAGAUAUUAAGCAGUGACGCCUAUCACACCAAAUAUUUGAAAUUUGUGAAAAAAGUUCUCUUACCGACAAGACAAAGAGGAGGAGUUUUUGCUCACCGUUGCAUUUUAGCGGCAAGAAGUGAAUACAUGAGAAAAGUGUUCAAGUAUGAAUGUACACCAAAAUGCUUGUCAAUUGUGGAAGGAGUUGAAUCGAAUAUUGAAAAUGUGAUUGAUUGCUCUGUGAAAACUAUUGAAAUUCCAAACUUUUCCUAUUCAACCCUCUUUUUGGUGUUACAAUUCAUUUAUUGCGGUCAGAAUGUUUUGAAAACACUUGCCAAUGUUUCAUUAACCACUAGCACAGAUGAUGUUUCAGAUAUUUAUCGCAAGAAAUUAACAAAUCAACCAUUGAUUCCUGAGACAUUUAUAGAGUGUUUAAUAGCAUCAGAUUUAUUCUUACUGUAUGGCUUAAAGAAGUUUGCAGAGCAGCAAAUCAUUCAACAACUCAACGAAACGUCAAAUCAACCUCAAGAUAAGGAGUUUCUAGUGAACUUGUACAAUAUUUCACAACUCUACAAUUCGGAUCCUUUGAAGGAGAAAUGCGAACAAUUACUGAAUUAA